AUGUUCCGGCAGCUCGAGGCCAUGACUCUGGAGCUGCGCUCACUGGAGAACGUUCAUGCCACUGGAGCGGGAUUACGGGAAUACCACUGGAGCGGGAUUUGCCCUUGCGAGAUGCAGAUAGUGCUCAUCUUCUCUUGUCGUUGGCUAAUGGCCAGCUGCAUGGAACUGGCUAUCAUGAUGCGACGUGCAGAUAGUGGGCUGCUUGGCACCAUAGGGCCGCAUGAGAUACCCGCGACGUAA